GGCUUGCACCAUCUGCAUUCUCAGGGGAAGAUUCACCGAGACAUCAAGGGAGCCAACCUGCUGCUCACUCUUCACGGAGACGUCAAACUGGCGGACUUCGGAGUGUCCGGAGAGCUCACGGCGUCGGUAGCCAAGAGGAGGUCCUUCAUCGGGACGCCAUACUGGAUGGCCCCCGAGGUGGCUGCCGUGGAGCGCAAAGGGGGCUACAACGAGCUGUGCGACGUGUGGGCCGUGGGGAUCACCGCCAUCGAGCUGGCCGAGCUGCAGCCCCCGCUCUUCCACCUGCACCCCAUGAGGGCUCUGAUGCUCAUGUCCAAGAGCAGCUUCCAGCCUCCCAAGCUCAAGGAGAAGGCCUGCUGGUCUCAGAACUUUCACCACUUCCUCAAGCUGGCCUUGACCAAGAACCCCAAGAAAAGGCCCCCUGCCGAGAGGCUCCUGCAGCACCCCUUCACAGCCCAGACCCUUCCCCGGACGCUCCUCACGCAGCUCCUGGACAAACUCAAUGACCCUCAGCUGGGCGUACCCACGCCGGAGGACGGCGACCUGGAGACCUACGACCUGUUCCCGGACACCAUCUACUCCAGGGGACAGCACAGCCAGGCGGAGAGGACGCCGUCCGAGAUCCAGUUUCACCAGGUGAAAUUUGGGGCUCCCCGGAGGAAGGAGACGGAGCCACUGAGUGAGCCGUGGGAAGAAGAGUGGACGCUGUUAGGGAAGGAGGAGCUCACUGG